AAGCUGGGUACCCGCGAGAGGAUCGUUCCCGACCGCCCGGGUUCCCGCCGCCGGGGGCCUGGCGCUCCCCUCGACCGCCGGGCGCCGGCAGCCGCAGUCGCCGGCCGAACAUGGCGCCGUGGACGUUCUGGCGCUGCUGCCAGCGCGGCGUCGGCUGGGUGCCGGUGCUCUUCAUCACCUUUGUGGUCGCCUGGUCCUACUACGCGUACGUGGUGGAGCUGUGCGUGUUUACUCUUUCUAGAAAUGGAGAAAAUGGAAAGGCCGUUGUUUACCUUGUGGCUUUCCAUCUGUUCUUUGUUAUGUUUGUAUGGUCCUAUUGGAUGACAAUUUUCACAUCUCCCGCUUCCCCCUCCAAAGAGUUCUACCUGUCAAAUUCGGAAAAGGAACGGUAUGAAAAGGAGUUCAGCCAAGAAAGACAACAAGAAAUUUUGAGAAGAGCAGCAAGAGACUUACCUAUCUAUACUACAUCAGCUUCAAGGACCAUCAGAUAUUGUGAAAGAUGUCAAUUGAUUAAACCUGACCGUGCACAUCACUGCUCAGCAUGUGACAUAUGUAUUCUUAAGAUGGAUCAUCACUGUCCUUGGGUGAAUAACUGUGUAGGAUUUUCUAAUUACAAAUUCUUCCUGCUGUUUUUAUUAUAUUCCCUAUUAUAUUGCCUUUUUGUGGCUGCAACAGUUUUACAGUACUUUAUAAAAUUUUGGACGCUUUGCCGCAGGAAAUCUACAGAGAUUUGUCCAAAGAAUGAACUCGCAGACAAACGUGCAAAAUUCCACGUACUUUUUCUUUUCUUUGUGUCUACCAUGUUCUUCAUCAGCGUCCUGUCACUUUUCAGCUACCACUGCUGGCUAGUAGGAAAAAAUAGAACAACAAUAGAAUCAUUCCGUGCACCCACAUUUUCAUAUGGACCUGAUGGAAAUGGUUUCUCUCUUGGAUACAGUAAAAACUGGCGACAAGUUUUUGGCGAUGAAAAGAAAUAUUGGCUACUUCCAAUAUACUCAAGCUUGGGUGAUGGUUGCAGUUUUCCAACUCGUCUUGUGGGGAUGGAUCCAGAACAGGCUUCAGCUACAAACCAGAGUGAACAUGCCAGAAGUAUUGGCCCAAAUCAACCCUUUCCUAUCAAACCACUUAGUGAAUCAAAAAACCGACUAUUGGACAAUGAAUCUCAAUGGAUAGAGAAUGGAUCUGAAGAAGGCAUUGUCAGAUCAGGGACAAAUAACCAUGUUACAGUGGCAAUAGAAAAUUGAGUACCCACUUGUUCAUAAGUAACCAUUUGAAUAAGACCAAGGUAUAUGAAAGCAUUACAGACUGGUAUUUUCAGUUUUAUUUGCAAGAAAAUAAUCAAUGGAAUUAAAGUGAAGUAUAACAGAAGAUAAAUAUAGAUAUAUAUGUAGAUAUAGAGAGAGAGGUAUUUUUUUUUUUAAAUGAAAGCCUUUGUAGAGAUUGCUGGAUCCACAGAGUACUACUCCAGAGCAGGGAGAUGCCUUAAUCUUAAUGCCCAUUCACGCAACAUUGACUUAGAGCUACAAAAUGACUUCAUUUUACUUUGUAAACAACACAAUAUAAAAUGCUAUAGUAUGAGCUAUCAAAUCAUAUGUUAACAUGGCACACUUUUUUUUGAUACCUGAGUUACUUUAUUAGAGUUGUUUCUUAGUACCCAUAUAAAUUUUCUCUAGAAACGCAAGGUAGAAAUUUGUUUUCUAGAGCAGUAUGGUAGCUGAAAGUGAUUAAUAAUAUCCAAGCGACUGUUGUUAGUACUAUGUAAAAAAAAAGAAAAAGAAAAUAAUUGCUUUUUUAAAAAUUGGAUGUUUAUUCAUUUAUAAUUACCUUUUUAUACUUUAUAACAUUUUUAAUAAAGAUUUUUUAUUGGCUAUAAAAUAACACUCAGAAGGAUUCAGAUAUAUUUAAAUAUAACAUUUUAAAACAAGGAGCCAUUUGUAUAAUUCAUUGAAGGCUUAGUUAUAAGCAUUAAUAACAACCAUGCAGUGUAGUAUUGUGCCAAUCUUAGCUAGUAUAAAAAAUAUUUUUGGUUCUCUGCUUUAUUCAAUUACUUUUUUAUUCAACUUGUAUGGGUAUUUAUAUGAGCAGAGAAACACAGAAGCUACAUGUGCUCUUAGACUCAGUAGGAGUAGGUGGAAGUGUCUAGGAAAGUAAAAAAAACCAGAAAGGCAGACUAAACAAAAAUAUUUUCAGUCCUAAGGUAUUUAGAAUACAACUUACUUAUUAUGUUAUCUUUCAUAUUUAGGUAAUGUUUAAAAAUCACCUUGAAACUUUUUACGGUAACUUUUUAUCUUACACUAAAAGGAAAUUUGAAGUAGAGUAUGACUACUUAGCAUAACACUGCUCCUAGGAAAGAAAUUCGGGGUAGUCACUUAAAAUUUCCCAUUGCUGAGAAAUGGGUUGUAAUCUUAAUGUUGAGUUUAAAAUCUAAUUUGUAACAGCAGCCCCUUUCUAACUUAAACACAUACCUCCUUUUACUUUUUGAAACCCAGUCUGGGUGAGGGGAAUUGUUGUAUUAACUAUAAAGAAAAAUACUGUACACUAUGCAGGAGAAAUAUAGAAAUAUUACUCCUUGUUUAUACUCUUUAGUCAAAUUUAUACACAAAUCAAAAUGAUUGAUUCCUUCCAUUAGUUGAUAGAGAUUAAUCUUAACUAUUAAGCACCUACAUGUAUCAACAGUUAUAGUUUCCCGGUCUGUAAAUGGGAUUAGGAAGAAGGGGUUGUUAAGAAUGAGUUGGA